AUGUACCGACGAGCUGGAGCCCCUCGCGCAUCCGUGCGCGGUCAUCGCACGAUUGAUCAGCAGCACUCUCGGGGGAAAAAAAUGCCGCGAUCUGUUGUUGGUGUAUCGUCCAUCCCGCUAUCUAGCCGCUUUACAAGCCUGGCGGAGGAGACGGCGCCCCUCCAAGCGCGAAAGCAACAACACCACGUAACGGUCGUCAAGGUGAAAAAAGACAAGGCCCAGCCCAUAGUGCGUGUAUCGAGUGGGGUAAAGAAAGCGAAUUUAUCUUCUACUACGCGGAAUCAAAUCCAUCAGAAAACGCAAAAGCUUCAACAAGUGGCGCAGAACAAUCGCAACAAACGGUUGCAGAUCGUCACUAAGCGCAGAAAGGGACUCGUACCGCUGGAAGCGAUUGUCAAGGGCAAUCAAAACCAGCCGCUGAAGAGUUCAACCUUGUCCAAUCAGCAAAAAGGUGGGAGGGGAGCCGGUCAUGGAGGCCGGGGUGGUCGAGGUAGUCGAGGUAGUCGAGGUGGUCGAGGUGGCCGAGGUGGCCGAGUCGGUCAGGUAGGACGCGGAAGCGCUAAGGCCAAACUCCCGACUGGAGACGAUCUUGACAUGGAAUUGGAUGAGUAUUGGCACACCGCUGGCAAGGGCCCUGACCCCAAAGCCGCUCAAUUGGACCGUCAGAUGGAAGAGUACUGGGCUGCCAAGCCGGCGCUUGAAAAGGAAAAAAAUUACACCCUUAAGACGGAAGCUGAUGCACCCCCUGAUGCACCCAUGAAGUGA